GAGUCCCGGGCGGCGUGCGCGCUCUUCCUGGUGGCUGCGCAGGUGUGAAAAUCACAAAUGUCGUCAAAUGAUGGAAGAUCCAGGAAUCGGGACAGGCGCUAUGAUGAGGUACCAAACGACCUGCCUUAUCAAGAUAGCACCAUAAGAACCCACCCAACUCUUCAUGACAGUGAGCGGGCAGUGAGCGCUGAUCCCUUGCCACCACCCCCUCUCCCAUUACAGCCACCAUUCGGCCCAGACUUCUACUCAAGUGACACAGAAGAACCAGCUAUAGCGCCAGAGCUCAAACCAGUAAGGCGCUUUGUCCCCGACUCCUGGAAGAACUUUUUCAGAGGGAAGAAAAAGGACCCCGAAUGGGAUAAGCCAGUGUCUGAUAUCAGGUACAUCUCCGAUGGAGUGGAGUGUUCACCACCAGCCUCUCCAGCAAGACCAAACCACAGUUCGCCCCCUAACUCCUGCAAAGAUCCCUACGGAGGGUCAGAAGGAACGUUUAGUUCCCGGAAAGAGGCUGAUGCAGUGUUUCCCCGGGAUUCCUGUGGAUCUCUAGACCGACACACACAAACAGUUCGAACAUACAGUGAGAAGGUGGAGGAGUACAACCUGAGAUACUCCUACAUGAAGUCGUGGGCAGGCCUGCUGAGAAUACUGGGUGUGGUGGAGCUGCUUUUGGGGGCCGGCGUCUUUGCUUGUGUCACAGCUUACAUUCACAAGGACAGUGAGUGGUACAACUUGUUUGGAUAUUCACAACCGUAUGGCAUGGGAGGCGUUGGUGGACUGGGCAGUAUGUAUGGGGGCUAUUACUACACUGGCCCUAAGACCCCUUUUGUACUCGUGGUUGCUGGAUUAGCUUGGAUCACCACCAUUAUUAUUCUGGUUCUUGGCAUGUCCAUGUAUUACCGGACCAUUCUUCUGGACUCUAAUUGGUGGCCCCUAACUGAAUUUGGAAUUAACGUUGCCUUGUUUAUUUUGUAUAUGGCCGCAGCCAUAGUCUAUGUGAAUGAUACCAACCGAGGUGGCCUCUGCUACUAUCCGCUAUUUAAUACACCAGUGAACGCAGUGUUCUGCCGGGUAGAAGGAGGACAAAUAGCUGCAAUGAUCUUCCUGUUUGUCACCAUGAUAGUUUAUCUCAUCAGUGCUUUGGUUUGCCUAAAGUUAUGGAGGCAUGAGGCAGCUCGGAGACAUAGAGAAUAUAUGGAACAACAGGAGAUAAAUGAGCCAUCAUUGUCAUCAAAAAGGAAAAUGUGUGAAAUGGCCACCAGUGGUGACAGACAAAGAGACUCAGAAGUUAAUUUCAAGGAACUGAGAACAGCAAAAAUGAAACCUGAACUACUGAGUGGACACAUCCCCCCAGGCCACAUUCCUAAACCUAUCGUGAUGCCCGACUAUGUGGCAAAAUACCCUGUGAUUCAGACAGAUGAUGAGCGAGAACGCUAUAAAGCUGUGUUCCAAGACCAGUUUUCAGAGUACAAAGAGCUGUCUGCAGAAGUUCAGGCCGUCCUGAGGAAGUUUGAUGAGCUGGAUGCAGUGAUGAGCAGAUUGCCACAUCAUUCGGAAAGCCGACAGGAACAUGAGAGAAUUUCAAGAAUCCAUGAAGAGUUUAAGAAAAAAAAGAAUGAUCCUACAUUUCUGGAAAAAAAAGAACGCUGUGAUUACCUAAAGAAUAAACUUUCUCAUAUAAAGCAAAGAAUUCAAGAAUAUGAUAAAGUAAUGAAUUGGGAUGUACAAGGUUAUUCUUAACCCUUAUUUGAAACCACUUUAUUUUUUAUUUUAUUUUAUUUUUUUGAGAUGAAGUCUUGCUCUGUUACCCAGGCUGGAGUGCAGUGGCACGAUCUCGGCUCACUGCAACCUCCACCUCCCGGGUUCAAGCAAUUCUCCUGCCUUAGCCUCCCCAGUAGCUGGGAUUACAGGCGUGCGCCACCACGCCUGGCUAAUUUUUGUAUUUUUAGUAGAGGCGAGGUUUCACCAUGUUGGUCAGGCUGGGAAACUACUUUUUUUUUUAAAUAGCAAGUUUACUAUUUAUUUACUGCCUUUUUAAUGCUAGCCUCUGUGGUAGAGAAGCAAGCACUUCCCGAAUCAGCUUCCAGUUGGUUUAACCAGUAUGCAACAUUAAAGAUUUUACUCAGACAUUUUUAAAC